AUGCUGGACUUAUUCUCCAAAGAUCGAAUAGUCAACGAGGCAGGCCUUAGAGCCGCCUUGCGUCAUCUGGACGCAAGGUCAAGUUCAGGAGCAACCGCAUUACAAGCCACGGUCGAACAUAUGUUGUCAUCACCCCAUAUUUUUGCAUAUAUCAUAUCUGUUUGGGAUCGCCGCGAGGCAAUGAUCUCACAGAUCAUGACAGACUUUCCAACGAAAUCUCAAGAAUAUCCAGCAUCCAUCGCGAGAAAGAUGCUGGACAAUCUGUCUAUGAACUUUUUAGCUUGUCCGGCCGAGUCUCUAGCGAUGGAUGUCUCUAGGGACAUCACCCACCACAGAUGCUUCAGCGAGGGCGCUUUACCUGUACUUUUCGCGUUGAACAGUAUGGAAUUUUCUGGCGCACGGUCGUUUGAAGACGAGAUCUUCGACAAAUCUAAUGAUAGAUUCGUCAAGAAGAAAGUGCGCAAUCGCAAUCGCCCGAAAGCUCAUACGUCUAUCGACCGAUCGCUCUUCGUGAGGCUUGGUGUGGUUGUGCCUCUCACGAGCGAGGCUGCUGCAUUAUUGUCUACUCAGAUUCUUGCAAAGCUGAAAAAUGCUCUCUCGUUCUACUUCUCGCUUCUGCGGAGGACGGAAUUGGCAGGCGACAUCAAAGCUUUACUCUUCCCAAUCGUGGGAGAGUAUGCCAAAUAUGUUGCGCCUGAAGUUUCGUCAACCGAUGUUGAGAGCCCAACAGACCGACUCAAUGUAUACCAAUUGGUGCAGCAUAUGAAGACUGCGCUUUAUUUCGACAACGCGGACGGGUUCGGAGAGUGGCGAAUCCUCAUAUCUACGCAGGCCUACAAACAUUUGCGUGAAUUCCGUAGAGCAGAUAAGAAUAUAUUCAAGAUCAUCUUCAAGAAGAUCAAACAGCUAUCGAAUGGCCAUUUUUCAGAUGAUAAUCACAAGCGACUUAACGGGCCGGAUGCAGGCAUACCCAUCUACGAUGCCAAGAUGACAAAGGACCUACGAUUAGUGUACCAGAUCGAUUGUGUCCCUGACAAAGAUGGCAAGUCCGAAAGACAAGUAAUCAAGAUAUACGGUAUUUAUAUGGAUGCUCAGCUUGACAGAGUAUGGGAUGCCUUGGGUAGUCAUCUCGCACGCAAGGGCAGAGAAUAUCGUAGAAGGUGUAUCUUUCGGAAACGGCCACUCCUAUCUAAAUACAGCGCGAUUCUGCCUGGGUCAUUCCCACUAGCUGACCCUGAGCCAGAAUGCCCAGGAAGCCCACUUAAUCUUAGUGAUAAGGACAACGACCACCUUCACUCUUUGCUUGUUUUGGAGAAAUAUGUCACAUUCUCGCAAGCGUUCCUGCAUAGUCUCAUCGCAGACCAAGAUGUACAGCACGUCUUUAUGCUCACACCUCAAGAACAAAAAAUUGUCGAGUGUACCACGUCAUGUUACGUCUUGGGUCGCAGAGGCACGGGAAAAACCACGACGAUGUUGUUCAAGAUUCUCGGCAUUCAGCGAGCUUGGGAAAUGAGUGCUAUUGACAUGCUGAAGCCACGCCAAAUCUUCGUCACCAAAUCCAGAGUGCUCGCUACGAGAGUGGAGGAGUAUUUCACGAAGCUUCUCGAAUCUCUGGCGUUAGCAGGCUAUACCCUGGAGGAACUUGCAAAAAUGAAGGCACGAAGUGUUCAGGAGGGCCCCGUUGAUCUCAAUGACCUGCCCGAAUCCCAGAUGAAUAUGCCGAUGAAAUACAGCGAACUUGAGGAUAAGCACUUUCCUCUUUUUCUAACUUUCGAUCGACUGGCGAAAAUGAUCGCGGCAGAUAUCUUCAGCAAGAAAGAUAGCGCAGGAGUUUUCUUCAAUGCAGAUGCGCAUGACUGUUUCGUCACCUAUGACGUAUUCACAAAUCAAUACUGGCCUUAUUUUCCACAGAAUCUCAGCCAGAAUCUUAAUCCGUGGUUGGUUUUCAGCGAAUUCAUGGGAAUCAUCAAAGGCUCCGAACACACAUUGACUUGUCCUGAAGGAGUUCUCGAUCGUCAAACCUAUCUCCUUCUUCCUCAUCGUUCUAACCCAAAUUUUGCGAAUCAGAGGGGAAUUCUGUACGACAUGUUCGAGCAUUAUACGAAAAUGAAGAGGCAGCGACGUCAUCAUGAUGUUGCAGACCGCACGCAUGCGAUACUCAAGGUCUUGCGGAGCCAGAGGUUCCCUGGCCAACAGAUCGAUUAUCUGUAUGUCGACGAAGCACAAGACAACCUUCUGAUCGACGCAUUAUUUUUGAGGCAAUUAUGUAAGAAUCCAGACGGUUUGUUCUGGGCUGGAGAGAUCUCUGCAGAGAGUUCCUUCAGGUUUAGUGAUCUGAAAGCGUUUCUCUACCGUGUUGAGCAGCAGAAUAUUUCAGUCAAUUCCGCUGGAGCAUGUCCUCGUCAGCCUGCGAUGUUUCAAUUGGCGAUCAACUACAGAUCGCACGGUGGAAUCAUCAACUGCGCAAGUUCUGUGGUCGAACUUAUCACAAAAUUUUGGCCCAACACAAUCGAUAAUCUUCGGCCAGAAAAGGAGGUGGUUGACGGACCGAAGCCUGUAUUUUUUACUGAUUGGGAUAAAGACACCGUUCAUCAUCAACAGUUCUGGUUGCAGAUGAGGGAUAAGGCCGAGCUAUGCAUUCUCGUGCGUGACAAUGCAGCACGUCAGAAGUUCCGAGACCAGGUUGGUCAAAUUGGACUAAUUAUGACGCUUUAUGAGAGCAAAGGCAUGGAAUUCGAUGAUGUGCUGCUGUACAACUUUUUCGAGGAUUCUGCCAUAGAUCUGUCGCGAUGGCACAUAGUUCUCAAUGGGGUAGACGGUCGAGGGUAUGCACCGAACUUUGAACGAGACGAGGCGCGAUACGCUGGGGUUUGUAGCGAGCUCAAACUUCUUUAUGUGGGAAUCACUCGAGCAAAGAAGAAUGUAUGGAUCGUUGACAAAUCUGAUAGAUCAGAGCCGAUGCGUAAAUUCUGGACGUCUCGCAACCAGAUCGAGAAUUGUACUCUCAGAACCUGUGUCCCUCAUCCCGUCUCGACUCCGGAAGAAUGGGCAUACUUCGGGCACUCACUAUUCUCGUACAAGCGCUACCCGCAGGCUAUCCACUGCUUCGAACGUGCUAACCUUCAUCGUAAAGCGAAGGUUUGUGAAGCAUAUCAACUGCGAGAAGUUGCACGUUCUAGUGUCGGAGUGGCCUCACUCAGUGACCAAAAAAGAGCUUUUAACGUGGCUGCCGAUGCCUUUAGUGAUUGCGCGGCGACCGCGACAGGAAUUGAGAAGCUCCAAUAUUAUCGUAACUCGGCAGAUUGCUACGUUCGAGCAGGAGAUGAUCUUAAAGCUACUAAGGCCUAUCUCAAGUUCCACCGCUCAAGAGCCACCUGUCCCUGUGGUAUUGAUGGUGGGCUGAUACAUCAUUUUACCAUAGAUUAUUAUAGUCCCUACCCUUCCCUAUACCGUCCUGGAUAUGUUCUAGAUGUUCUCCCUCGUACUAUAUGUUCAAGUUCUGUUCCUGGGAUCAGCGUCUUCCAUGACAACCUCAUCACACGGCUCAAAGCUCUAUCCCAGAUCCAACUCGACUUUGAAAAGCGCGCCAAAGAUGCAGAAGGGAAAUUCACUGAGAAGUUUGCUGAGAUGCGGAGGCAGCUUGAUGUGCGGUGA